AUGCAAUCAAGAGUUGCUUCGUUAAUAGAAGCACCAGUGUUCAAGCCCUCAAUUGGUGAAUUUUCCAAUUUCAAGAGUUAUAUUAAAAAACUAGAAGUGAUCGAACUGAAAAUCAGCUUUGCUAAGGUGUCUGUUUUUAUCAUUCCGCCGCCAGAAUGGAGCGCCAAAUCCAAAACAAUCGACGAUGAAUAUGUCAUUAAGACGGUAUUGGAGCAAAAAUGCAAAAAACUUCUAAAAGGUGGAUACGAACUGUCAAACGAACCAAUGGAAAACAUGACCUUCAAGGAUUACAAAAUAAAAGCCGUAGAAGAAGGGCAUCAUCUCAAAACGAAAUCCAUACUGGAAAUAGAGGACACAUUCUGGAAUACAAUUUGCAAAACGCGCAAAACCUAUUCCUUCGAAAAUGAAUUUAGCCUGUUUGGAGAUGAUGUUGUGACGUGGAAUCUGGGCCGAUUCACAAAUGCUCAGUCAAAUAUUCAUGCUGCACCAAGCCAAGCUGAGAGAAAUCGCAAUCUGUAUGAAAUGCCGGGCAUUCAGAAGCCAUAUAUUUACUUCGGAACACCAUUAUCAAUGUUCGCAUUUCAUAUCGAGGAUGGAAACCUCAACUCGAUAAAUUUUCUACACGACGGCGAGCCAAAAGUUUGGUAA